AUGGGUUCGCCGAGAUGUGGCCUUGAAUUCGGGUAUUGUAGGGUUGCUCUCCAACCGCAGCCACUUGUGUACGGGUUAUUAUUAAUCGGCAGCUGUCAACUACGAACCGAUUUUCCUCUAUCCGGACCGAGGCACGCUCAUUAUUUUUUUCUACGAGAUAAUCUCUCUGUGAACACCACACUACGGGAGCCAUUAAGUACUCGUCCCGGGAAACGAUGUUUCGGACAGAAUUCUAUAACACCUUUACUCCUUUCUACUACAUCCUCUUCCCCUCGCGGAAUUUCGCAAAGCGAGUUGGUUCCAGUGUCUCGUGUUACUACCUUUCUGGCUCCUACGGCUGCUACAGCUUCGCCAACAUUUAAGGAAUCCUCUCCUGAAUUGCUGUCAUGUUUUGGUAAACUAAGACUUGCGUGUGGUGUAAAUCAAAAUUUCAACCGAGCGCUAGACAAGUUUGUUGGAUCUGGAAGGCUGGAUAAAAUCGCCGAAGUUCUGCUGGAAGAGGCCCGGAUACUAUGCACUCGAAAAGAGCUCAGCGCUGUUUCUUCGUUUAUGCACAAUUUCGACUCAGCUGUGCUAGUAGCCCAGCAAGUGACUGCCGACAUGUCGAGUGCUGACAAGGACCAACUCAAUUUCAUGGAAAACCUUAAUGACACAAAUGCGGAGAGGAUAUUCUACUUAAACAAAUUCGGGAAUAUCGAAGAGUCGGAACGGAUGCUACUCCAAGACUCCUUCAACGAAGUAAUGAAGGUGUUCAUGAAUGGCACUCCAGCUAUGGAAAUGUCUCGAGCACUCGCCGUCCUAACACCUAACGAUCUGGCGAACAUUAGGAAUCUUAACGAAAGCGAACGCGUCACCCAUCUGACCUACCGCUUGCAAAAAUGCAAUAUCACAAAUGACGUGAACGUUGCUGAAGACAUCGCUCGGUUAUUUCAAAUCCCUAAUGUGUAA